CGCUUGCCAACCUUCACGUCAAGCGACGCACCAUGUACAUAUUACGGUGCUGGGGAUGAUCAGAAGUCGUCACAAUCCAGGUUGACGGGUAUUUCUUCAAUAACGGCCGGCUACCACCCCUUACCAGGCACUCGCAAUGGCGGCAACAACAACACCCCGAGACGAGACCGCAGGCGUGGAGGGCAGGACUGGCGAGUUCAGCACCAACGUCAUUGCUCCCACCGAUGCUCCCAAACGGUCGCCAUGGAAAGCCUGGAUGUACCUGUGGGAAUGGUAUCCAAAGCACUAUCCCGAGGAGGAGAGGAAGCUGUUGAGGAAAAUGGACGCCUGUCUAUUGACCUUCUGCUCAUUCAUGUUCUUCCUCAAAUGGCUUGAUUCGUCAAACAUCAAUAAUGCAUAUGUCUCUGGCAUGAAGGAGGAGCUGAACCUCUAUGGAAACCAGUAUUCGCUCUUUGGUACAUUCUACAACUGUGGAUACCUAGUCUUUCAGAUUCCUUCUCUACUGCUGCUUUCCCGUCCAAAGAUUGCAAAGUACUAUCUUCCCUUGAUGGAGGUCCUGUGGUCGAUCGUCACCUUCACCCAGUCGCAGAUGCGAAACGAACGUGACAUCUACGGCACUCGAUUCCUGCUUGGUCUUCUUGAGACACCAGUAGCUUCGGGUACUACAUACGUACUUGGAUCGUGGUACAAGCCUGAGGAGGUCUUCAAACGUACUGGUGUGUGGUAUGUUUCGAACAACAUCGCCGUCAUGUUCGGUGGAUACCUGCAAGCGGCUGCGUACAAGAACCUUAAUGGUGUUGGCGGAAUGGCAGGCUGGCGAUGGCUCUUCAUCAUUGAUGGUGUUAUCUCCCUCCCGAUCGCUCUUGCUGGCUUCCUCAUCUUCCCCGGCCUCCCUAGCAGCUCGAAGCCAUGGUGGCUCACCCCUGCCGAACACACCCUAGCGAGGACCCGCGUAGCAGAGGCCGGUAUCGCCCCAAGUUCAAAGCUGAGUUGGUCUAUCAUCAAGCGCACUCUUCGACGAUGGGAGUUCUAUAUGGGUCUUCUGACCUACACAUUCUUCCUGUCCUCCUCAUACCCCCACGGCCAGAUGGCACUCUGGCUCAAGGACCAAGCCGCGAAGUUCCCCGGCAGCUACACUGUCCCGCAGAUCAACACCAUCCCGACCGGCGCUCAGGGUGUCUCCGUUGUCGCUGCGCUUCUCGCAACGUCGCUUUGCAUGAUCUACCCUCUGUGGUCCAUCUUCUCCAUCGUCCAGACUAUCUACAUCAUCGCCAACAUCCUGCUCCUCGUCUGGGUCAUCCCCAAGGGUCUCCACUUCGCAUGCUACUACCUCCUCGGCGUAUCCGCAGCCAUAACCCCCAUCCUGAUGCCCUUCAUAAACAUGGCUCUACGCGACGACGCCGAAGCCCGCGCCAUCACUGUUGGCGGCAUGCUGACCGCCGGUUGGGCUGUGUUCUCAUUCUACCCGAUCACGGUGUUCCCUGUAGUCGAAGCACCACGCUGGACGAAGGGGUACUCGGUCAACAUAUGCUUUAUCGUCGGCUGCUGGGUGUGCUUCGUCACCAUGCAGUAUUUGUACAAGAGGAGCGAGAAAGCCAAGCAGCAGCAAUUCUUGGGGGCGGCGAGAGAUGAGGAGGACAGCUUGAGUGAUAAGAAGAUGGAUGAUAUUAAGGAGCAUGUAGAGGAGCGAAGGUAGAUGAGUGGACAGUGUUGGCUGUGAGAGUGGGG